UCAAUGGACGAGCAAACGUUGCGAGCCGGUGCACCGCAGGCGGAUUCACCAAAGGGUAGCGGCGUUGAUGACAAGAAGAAUUUUAUUUACGUUGGAGUUGGCGGCUUCGCUGGGGUGGGUGGCUAUGGCGGCAUGGCUGGUGGAAUCCCUUUACUCGGUGGCCUUGGUGGGAUCGGCAAGUUUGGCGGAAUCGGUGGUGCAGCUGGAAUAGAUGGCUAUACGGGUAUGGGUGGCCUAGGCGGUUUAGGUGGCGUUGGAGGUCUCGGCAGCGGUACCGGAGGCGCAAGUGGUCUUGGUGGCGCUUUCCCAUCCCCCUGAUGUUU